AUGUUUAUAGGUGCCUUCACCUGGAAUCCUCUCAAUAAGAUCCUUCUUGCAGCCAAACAACCCAUCCUCCCCCGUCCUCUCCCCUUCCAACCCCUCCUCACUCCAACAUCACAUCACCACCAACAACACCACAACAACAACAACAACAACAGCAACAUCACAUCACCACCACAACAAAACACCAACAACAACACCAACAACAACAACAACAACGGCAACAACACCACCACCAUCACAACCAUGGACCCCAUCUCCCACCACCUCAACCACUGGGUCCGCUUCAUCUCUCGCCUCGCGACCCUCUCCAUCUCCAUGCACCAAGGCUACCACAGCGCCCGCACCACCCUCGCCAGCUUCCUCUCUCUCUUCGGCACCAUCUUUCGCGCCCUCGCCAACCUCUCCGGCUCCCUCUCCAACCUCUCCCACUCCAACUUCGGCCUCGGUGCCAGUCUCGGUCUCGGCAGCAGCAGCAGCGGCAGCAAACUCCAGGCACAGGAUCUCCUCCUCCUGCUCUGGGCUCUGCUCCGUCUGCUCCGCCAUCAUCUGCUUCGUCGUCUUCUCCGUCGUCUGGUGAGUCUUCUGCCUGUGGGCUAUCUGCCCGCUGACUUCGUGGGCUUCUUUGCGCGUGUGCGGCCUGCUCUUGAGUUGCCUGUUUGGCUUCGCCAACUGGCCUCUGCGCCGCCGCCGCUGCCGCCGCUGCUUCCGUCUGCUGCUUCCCUGCCAUUUGGGCCGCCCUCGUCUGUCCUGCCGUCUGCCCCGUCGUUUGGGCUGCCUGGUCUGCCGGCGAGCACGCCCUGGCAUCUUGCCAACUAUCGCCAAGGCCUCCCUCUGCCUCCGCCGUAUUUCCAGGGGCAGGGUCUUCCACUUGGGCAGCCGAAUGGAUAUUACCCCCCUGCUACUGCUGCUGCUAUGUCGGUUCCGUCUAUCCCGCCGCCUGGGCAGGUAUAUGGGCAGCCGACUGGAUAUUACCCUCCUCCUCCUCCUCCUCCUGCUGCUGCUGUUCCGCCUGCUCCUUCUCUCCCGCCGUCUGUCUCGCCGUCUGCCCCGCCGUCUGGACAGCUCUAUGGGCAGCUCCCUGGCACGCUAGUUCCGCGUGCUCCCUUUGCUCCGAUGUCUGCUCCGGCCUCUGGCCCGCCUGCUGUGCCAGCCCAAACGCCCGGGCUUCACCACCUUCGCCAGCUCCGCCAGCAACGCCAACUCCAGCAGUCUCAGUCUGGGUCUGAAAGCGGAGGAGGAGGAGGAGGAGGAGGAGGUACUCGUCGUUAA